CUCUGUAGUUCGUGUUCAUGACUUUUUGUUUGACUUUUGUGGCAACAGAGCUCAUCAACAAGCUGAACUUCCUGGACGACGAGGAUCAGGAAGUGCCUCCCGACUUGUGCUCAAAUCCCUUCGAGGAUCCCGAUGACGACCUUCAUCCGAACCACCUCAACCCGUUUGAUGAUCCUAACGACACAGAGCCCCCUGCCCAGCCGGUCUUAAGGCAGCGGGUUGAAGAUACCUCCUUCUACGACCACGAUUCCUCAAAUCCGUUUGAUGACCCGGAAGAACCGGAGACAGAAGCGGCUCCGGGGAAUCCCUUCGAAGAGGCCGACCCCGACACGGACCUCCAGCCGGACCCAGAACCCCCCAAACCCAGGCAGAGGAAAGGAGUCCGGCCUGUGGACAUGAGCAAGUACCUGUACGCAGACACAGCGCGGGAGGAGGAGGAGCAGCUUGAUGAAUCUAACCCGUUCUACGAGCCAAGAACAUCGAGUCCCGAGCACCCCCCCACUGGUAGCCCCUCUCUGGAUGUGGGCAGCGGCCAGAAGAGGAGGGCCCCCCCGCCCCCCAGCUCCAGCUCUGGCCUGGGCCCCAGCACCCCCGCUCCCAAACCCAGCGCUGGACCAGACAGAGAGAGAAACCAGCCGGUCGGGCCCAGCCCGGUCGCCGUGUUGAUGGGGAGAGAGCUGGCCUCCUCCUCCCCCAAG